AUGUCGUGCUUCCGGUUAAUCAUCUUUGCACUAUUCUCUUUCUGUAAUGUAAACGUAAGUUUACAUAAGUUUAGAAGUAUAAUAAUUUUUGCAACCUCGUUGUAGCACAUUUCAAUAGCUAUAAAAGUAAAAAUGUCAUUUUGUUACAGAUAAGUAUAAAAUUAGAGAACGAAUCAGAAGAUGACCGGAACCAAGUCCGAUCAAUCAUGAAUCGACUCCGAGCUCAAGAAGAAGGUAAACAUCCAUCCAGUGUAAGUCUCACAGUAAAAAUAGUUUUUAAUGCCUUCAAAACUACAGAUAUCUCGUAAAUAAUACUUUGUUUACAACACAUUUAACUACUAAAAAGAUUGAAAACCAACACUUUUAGACCUACAACAAAAUCAAGUCCUUAAUAAAGCAAUCUCAAGACAUUACUGCCGACUCCGAAGACUUGUUCGAAGGAGAUAUUAUUCUGUCACUGCCACAAGCCCAGAAGCUCAUAUCCAAUGUAGAGAAGAAAAGAAACAAAAGACAAAUUCUAGUAGACCCAUCUCUGAAGUGGAAUAAGACAAUACCUUUCGAGAUAGUCGAUGGUCAGUUUAUCACAAACGUUUAGUUAUAAAAGUUUAAAACAUAUAGUAUAUUGUACUAACAAACUCUGAGGUAAUUACUGUUGUUUUUGAUAAGUAUACAGUAAAUUAUAAAAAAAAUUUAAAAACGUGAACAGAUUUCAGAAGACGCCCGAGGAUUAGCUGAAGAUUCAAUAACUGUCAUAGAAGGCAUGACCUGCUUAACUUUCACAAAGAGAACUGACGAAGAAGACUAUAUACGGUUUGUCCACAUUAGUGGAUGUUUCUCCGCUGUCGGGAAAGUUGGCGGAGGUCAGCCCAUAUCCAUGGGAAACGGGUGUUCAGUAAGUCUACUUUUAAACUUCGAUUUCUAUGCCAAAAGUUUUCAAAACGCGGAAACAAUAUCUGAUCAUUUUACAAGAAACUUCAAAGCAUGUUGUUGUAUUAAAAAUAACAUCUAAUGCAUAACCUAUAUCGUUGCAGCUAGGAGCAGCCGUCCACGAAGUUCUACAUGCCCUAGGAUUGUGGCAUGAGCAAGCUAGAACAGAUCGUGACAAGUUUGUGAACAUUUUGUACCAGAAUAUUCAAGAAAAUCGCAAAGACAACUUUAUAAAACGAGAAUCAGACGAAAGCGACAACGACGGAGAACGAUACGACUACGGCUCUUUAAUGCAUUACGGCCCCGGCAGUUUCACUGUAGGAGGAGACACUUUAGAAGCUGUGGACAAGAGAUAUCAACACACUAUAGGACAAAGAAGCGACAUAUCUUUCAAAGACACCAAAUUGAUCAACAUGAGGUAUUGCAAAGGUAGGUUAACAUAAGGUAUUGAAAGAGAUGUGAUGAUUAAAUUGUAGUUUCGCUGUGUAACCAUAAAUCUUAUGCCACAGUGAGAAAAACAAAAAAUUUAGAUGUUUGCCCAACACCGUUACCUUGCAAAUAUGGAGGAUACACAGACCCAAACGACUGUAGCCAAUGUAGAUGCCCAGACGGAUUGGCUGGCACAUUGUGUGAAGAUGUCAAAGAAUCAAGUAAAGAUUAGUUUAAUUCUUCACAUUUUCUUAUACAUGACUUCAAAGUUAUUACAAUAUAUUAAGCUAAACCUAGCACCUAAUAUUAUGAUUCAGCCUUCCCUGACUGUGGUAAAGGAGAAUGGGCAGCAACAGAAAACCCAAAAGUACUAUGGAUACCAGAUACUAGAGACGCCGGAGACUGUAUUUAUAGAAUUCGAGCUCCAGAAGGUCUUCAUGUCAAACUAGAGCUUCAAGAGCAACAAUUCGAAUGCUACACAACUUGCUCCAGCUAUGUCGAAGUAAAAUAUCUAAACGACAAAAGCACGACAGGCUUCAGAAUGUGCUGCGACGAAGCUAAAGGGUACAACAUUGCAUCGCAAAACAACGAAAUGAUUGUGAUCGUGCACCAUGAACAAGAAUCCAAACGAUUCCAAACUAAACUCGUAUAUUAUCAUGUAGACAAGCACAUACCGUCAGGAAUAGAAGACCAUUCACAAGAAGAGAAAGCUGAACAAUCAGAAGAGGAGAAGCCAGGAAGUUCAGGAGUUGAAACGGAAAACGAAUAA